CUUUGGCCACAGUUGUCUGGCCGCGUGUUGGCGUUCGCUUGUGGUUUAAUAACAUUGUGUUGUAAACGUGUUCGAAUAUCAAAGAAUGUAGACCUAGCUGGAUUGGAUUACUCAACAAUAUUCGCUUAACGUCCAAAGCGCAAUGACAUCGCUUCAACGUUUAUCGUUCGUUCCGUCCGUAAAUAACAUGUCUCACCAGAGACUACACGACAGUGACGAGAAUUCUUCGGACGAUGACGAGAAUUCACCGCUCACGCAAGAUUUGUAUGGAGGAAGCCAAAGGACUUUGGCAGAUACCAAAGCAUGGGACGUUUUCCGAGAUUUGCCUCCUCGAAGCGACAGCGGAUCUAUGACCAACCAAGCAUGUCUCGAGUUCACCGUACGCGUGCUAAAAAUUCUAGCGUACAUUGUCACAUUCGCGAUUGUCCUGAUUUGUGGUGUGAUCGCCAAGUCUAGUAUGUUCUUCAUGACGUCUCAAAUCAGAGCCGAUCGCGUUGUCACGUUCUGCAACAAAGAACUAAGUCGUGAUAAAUUCUACGUUGUCAAUCUACCGACGGAAGAACGUGUAGCAUGGAUAUGGUGCUUGCUAUUGGCAUUCAUCGUUCCGGAAAUCGGGACUCUAAUACGAUCGUUAAGGAUUUGUUUCUUCAAAUCUUGUAAAAGACCUCUACUAUUUGAUUUUGUCUUUGUACUCAUUAUGGAGACGCUUCACGUAUUUGGUUUGGUUUUGCUGGUGUACGUCGUACUUCCGAAUUUGGACGUCAUUAAUGGUGCGAUGCUUACCAACUGUCUUUGCUUCGUGCCGGCUUUGCUCAAUUUACUCUCAAGGACAACGAAAGGUUGCAAAACUAACUCAGAGAAGUCGGAAAUAUAUGCAAAAGUUUUAAUGGAUCUCAUAGCUGUGGGAUCUCAAGCUACUGGAUUCUUUUUAUGGCCCCUUUUACAUCCGGAAAAGCAGAUGAAUAAUCUUGCUAUCCCGAUCGCAGUGUUUUGCGUAUCUUGCGGUUACUGGGAAAAUUAUACAACGAAAAACACGUUGUUUGGAUUUAUGAAGUUUGCAUAUCUUAUUAAAGACCGAAUGAAAAGAACGCGUUAUUUUAUAUACAUGUUGAUGUCUGUCUGGAAAAUGUUAUGUUUUUUCUGUUUUAUGUUGAUUGUCAUGUUCUUUAAAGGAGAAAAUGUUAGACAAAUUUUCUCAUUGGCUAACGCUGGAUUUUCGCAACAUAAAAUACAAGUUCUUGAGGUAAAUCAAGUGACUCGAAGUGGAACAAUUUUACCGGAUCUCGCUGAUAUUGUUACAACAGGUGAAUCGGUAGACAUCGAUGCAGAAUAUGUUACCGCAAUACACGUACUUCUUAUGCAGGUCAUAUCAGCAUAUCUCUGUUACAUAUUUGGAAAAUUCGCUUGCAAAAUUAUGAUUCAAGGAUUCAGUUAUGCAUUCCCUGUAAAUCUAACAGUACCAGUAACCAUGUCUGCAUUAAUAGUCGCGUGCGGAUUGCGUCACGAUGAUCCUUGUUUUUUCCAUAGUUCUAUUCCUGAUUAUUUAUUUUUUGAUUCACCUGAUGUGAAUUUCUUAAACAAUUUCAUCACCAAAGAGCACGUUUGGGUAUGGUUAUUGUGGCUCUUGUCUCAAACUUGGGUAACAUUACAUAUUUGGACACCAAAAUGUGAACGUCUAGCGACUACCGAAAAGCUAUUUGCAAGACCAAUGUAUGAUGCAUUACUAAUAGAUCAAUCAUUAGGAAUGAACAGAAGAUGUGACGACGAAAAAGACGUAAAAACCGAAGACUUAGCGGAUCGAGAUAAAGAACCCGACGAAUACUAUGAAACAAUAUCAGUACACACAGAUGUUAGUAGUACAACACCUAAAACGGUUAAGAAAUCGGACAGCAUUACAAGGAUUUACGCUUGUGCGACCAUGUGGCACGAAACUCACGAAGAAAUGAUGGAAAUGUUAAAGUCAAUCCUUCGAAUGGAUGAAGACCAGUGCGCUCGCAGAGUAGCCCAGAAGUAUUUACGAGUAGUUGAUCCAGAUUAUUAUGAAUUUGAAACUCACAUAUUCAUGGAUGAUGGUUUCGAAAUCAGUGAUGUAAACGAUGAUUGGAGCCAGGUGAACAGAUUCGUAAACCUUUUGGUAAGUACAAUUGAUGAAGCAGCUACUCACGUGCACGAAACCAACAUACGCAUCAAACCUCCGACCAAGUAUCCCACUCCGUAUGGUGGGCGUUUAGUAUGGACAUUACCGGGAAAGACUAAGCUCACUGUACAUAUUAAAGAUAAGUCUAAAAUCAGACACAGAAAACGGUGGAGUCAAGUCAUGUACAUGUACUACUUACUUGGUCAUCGAUUAAUGGAAUUACCGAUUUCCGUCGAACGGAAAGAAGUUAUUGCAGAGAAUACAUUUUUACUGACGCUCGACGGUGAUAUUGACUUCCAGCCACAUGCCGUCCGACUUUUAAUAGAUCUAAUGAAAAAAAAUAAAAAUUUGGGUGCUGCGUGUGGACGAAUUCAUCCAAUCGGAGGAGGUCCAUUGGCAUGGUAUCAAAUUUUCGAAUACGCCAUUGGUCAUUGGCUGCAAAAAGCCACUGAACACAUGAUUGGUUGCGUUCUUUGUAGUCCUGGAUGUUUUUCGCUGUUCAGAGGUAAAGCACUGAUGGACGACAACGUCAUGAAGAGAUAUACAAUGAAAUCUGACGAGGCCAGACAUUACGUACAAUACGAUCAAGGCGAAGAUAGAUGGUUGUGUACAUUAUUGUUACAAAGAGGAUACCGAGUAGAAUACUCAGCUGCUAGCGAUGCGUACACACAUUGCCCAGAAAGCUUCAACGAGUUUUAUAAUCAAAGGAGAAGAUGGGUACCUUCGACUAUGGCAAACAUUAUGGAUUUGCUUAUGGACUAUAAAAAAACGAUAAAAAUAAACGAUAACAUUUCAAUGCCGUACAUCAGCUAUCACAUUAUGUUGAUGGGUGGCACCAUUUUAGGACCCGGAACUAUAUUCCUUAUGUUGGUGGGAGCCUUCGUGGCUGUAUUUCAUAUUGAUAACUGGACCAGUUUUUACUAUAACAUCGUACCAAUAAUACUAUUUGUUUUCGUGUGCUUCACGUGCAAAUCAAAUAUUCAAUUGUUGUUUGCACAAAUUCUAUCGGCCUUGUAUGCACUGGUUAUGAUGGCCGUAAUUGUCGGUACGGCUUUGCAAUUGGGUGAGGAUGGUAUCGGAUCUCCAUCUGCAAUAUUUUUAAUUGCUAUGAUGGGAUCGUUUAUAAUAGCCGCGCUUCUCCAUCCACAAGAGUUUUCUUGCAUAAUAUACUUCGGUAUAUACUGGCUGUCGAUCCCGUCCAUGUAUUUGCUUUUAAUAUUGUAUUCGAUAAUCAACCUCAACAUCGUUACUUGGGGUACGCGAGAAGUCCAAGUAAAGAGAACUAAAAAAGAAAUGGAAGCCGAGAAGAAGGCAAACGAAGAGGCGGAAAAGAAGAACAAACAAAAGUCAAUGCUCGGAUUUUUACAAAAUUGGGACCCGAACGACGACAACGAAGAGGGUUCAUUUGAACUUUCCUUCGCUGGACUUUUCAAAUGCAUGUUUUGCACUUACCAGAAACCCGUAAACGAAGGUCAACAGCUAGUGAGGAUAGCCGAUUCAUUAGAAGGUCUGGGUAAACGAAUGGAUUAUAUUGAAAAGACUAUAAUGGAUCCAACGGCUGUGAACCGUAAAAGAAAUGCUUCGACCAGUAGCGUACCUCAUCAGAUCGGUUUGAACCCGGUACAAGAAGAAACCUCUGAAAAUGAACAUUCAGAUGAAGAAACUGACGAAGAAUCGUUAGAGCCUAAAGUGGAACGCAACGACGACAUCAAUCCCUACUGGAUCGAGGACAAAUCUUUGCGAAAAGGACCUGUUGCGUUCUUGUCCGUAGCGGAACAACAGUUUUGGAAAGAUUUGAUCGACAAAUAUUUGUAUCCGAUCGACGAAGACAAAAACGAAAAGGCUCGAAUUGCAGCGGACUUGAUCGAGCUAAGAAACAAAUCUGUAUUUUCGUUUUUCAUGAUAAACGCAUUGUUCGUGCUCAUCGUGUUCUUGCUUCAGUUGAACAAGGACAAACUCCAUUUAGACUGGCCGAUAGGCGUUAAGACAAACAUUACGACCGUUGCUGAAACGUCGGAAAUCAUAAUCAGCAAAGAGUACUUACAUUUGGAACCCAUUGGUUUGGUGUUCGUGUUCUUCUUCGCGUUCAUCAUAGUAAUACAGUUCACCGCCAUGUUGUUCCAUCGGUUCGGAACUCUGUCCCACAUACUCGCUUCAACCGAUCUCAACUUGUGUUGCACCAAAAAGACUGAAGAUUUGACCCAUGACGGUCUUCUGGACAAACAAGCGGUCGUUAUCGUGAAACACCUCCAACGGCUGAGAGGCAUCAACGGCGACUACGACAACGAAUCGGGUUCCAGUGGCGAUAACGCGGUGGGCCGACGGCGAACCAUUUACAACUUGGAAAAACAACGGCAGAAAACCCGGACGAUCGGUACACUGGACGUGGCUUUCCGCAAGAGAUUCUUGCAGAUGAAAAUGGGAGAAGACGAAGACGAGCCGCAAGGUAGCACGCCGGUGUUAGGUAGAAAACUGACCAUGGGCAAGGAAGUACGUCAAGCGUUAGAGGUUAGAAGACGGUCGAUGCAGGCGGAAAGACGAAAGUCUCAGAUGCAAACGCUUGGCGCCAACAACGCGUUCAACCAAACGCAACGACAAUCAAACGCGGGCAUCAGUGUCAAGGACAUAUUCAACGGAAGUCAAAAUCCUGCCUACAAGCGCGAUGACGAUGAAUUACCAAUGCAGACGAUAAACUAAUCAAACGUGUGGUGAUAAACAACGCUUUCAUUUGAACAACGAACGACAAGCGUUUCUAGUCAAAACAUAUUAUUAUUUUUAUUUUUGUUUUAAUAACAGCGCCAUUCUUGCUACCUAUCGGUUUGUGACAAAUCGUUAUAAACGAAUUCCAAUACACCCCUUGUCCUUUUCCUGGAAUUUAGUUGUCGAUUUAAGUACGAGCACAUAACAAAUUCGACUACUUAAAGCAUCCUGUUUGAAUGGCUAUGAGAUAUUUGUGUUUGACUUGAAUACUUAAUUUUUUUAUAACUUUUUUUUAUAUAUAUAUAUAUAUA